AUGGAUCCUCUCAGACCAAAGACAUCCCAGUCGGCUGAAACCCGCUUCCACUACUCUAAGCCAAACUACGCACAACCUUCGCAGUAUCAACAAUUCCCCCCACAUCCGGGAGUAAGAGUGCCUCCGAACAUCAAGCUCAGUGCACGGCAAGUCCCUGCUGGCGUGGGAGUUGCGCCGCCCCCAGUCAGAUUUGGCAGCCCAGCACGCCCAAUACAACAACCCCGAACUAAUGGGAAUGGGAUGCUGGUGCAGGAUUUCAAAUUCCCUGCUGCGCCUCCCAUACCAGCAACCAGCUCCGGCAGAUCCAGGCAGGAGCCGUGGCAGCAGUCGCCAGGUUCGAGGUACAACGGACACGAAUCCUAUCUGUCGUCAGUCGUGAAUGAUUUUACUCCCGAAACCACCCCCGGCGGUAGAUCGCGCGGCUUCCCGACACCGACCUCGAAGAGAUAUUCCGGGUCGCUUUAUGCUGAGAGUGACGCUCUGGGGCUCGAAGAGCGAUUUGAUUCAGAGGCACGCGGCCCGGAGUCGGAUGAGAGCUACUCACCUGACCCAACACAGCAGAUAGUCCGGCAGGCAAGUCUGGGCAAAAGAGCAAAGCCUGCCCUCACAACCAUAAGAAACAGAGAGAGUCAGCCGGAACCAAACAUACCAGAAAACUUCCCAGCUCCACCAACCCAGACUAGCAGAAAAACAACUAUGGAAGCUCUCAGCGCGGCUGUUGCUGCUGGCAUGAGCAGUGCGCCGCAUGUUGGGUCGCGCUCAGAGACACCUGUAUCCCGUGGCCACACUCCCAUCAGGAUGCCCUUCGAUACAUCUCCUCCUGCAUCCCCAUCUGCAGAUAGAGAAUUCCUGCAAACCCCAAAGUCACCCAACACCAUUGUAUCCGGAAAGAUGCUUGGCCAGGCGGCGGGCUCCGUGCACUCUCAGAAAUCCACAAACCCUUUGCUGGGUCUGGGCAUCGAGCAACCGUCAAUGAGCGAUAAGAUACCCGCCAAUCGACGACCGCCCAGACUCGAUAUGGACGCUGUCAGGGAGGCCGAAUCCCGCGGUAGCACAACAAGCUUGGCGGAUCUGAUCAAGCGGGCUACGAGAUUGGCUGCCAAUCUGGAUAGAGGCAGGACCGCGAGUAGGUUGGGUAUGCUGGAUAUGUUCGGAAGCACUGAAAAGUUGGGGAUACCCGGUACCCAGAAUCGCCAUUCGACCAUGUCAGAUAUGCUAUCAGCUUUCCCUGCUCCAGCAAUAGGUGGUACUCCGACCAAAAGAGACACUGCCUGGCCUUUGGGCGAAAAGAGUGACGCCUACGCCUCAACAACGGACCUGUCGAGAGGUCCGCCGGGAAAGCAACGGCGGAAAUGCUGCGGCUUAUCACUGCCUGUUUUCAUCAUCGUCCUCAUUGCUGGCAUCGUCCUCAUCGCUGCCGCAGUGUUAAUACCGAUCUUUCUAGUACUUGUACCAAAACAACACAAGAACAGCAACGAGCUCAGCGAUUGUGCUUCAAAACAUCCUUGUCGAAACGGUGGCACGAGCAUUGUGAGCAACAAUGUAUGUGUCUGCGUGUGCUCGAACGGCUUCACCGGGAGUCAGUGCGAAACCUCUGGCAACACAGACGACUGUAUGACCAUCACCUUGAACGACGGCGACACCGAGUAUAAAAACGCAACGAUCGGCUCUUCAAUACUUCCAUCUCUCACAGAUACACAGAAUCGAUUCGACAUCCCUCUGAACGUCUCGACCAUCUUAUCGGUGUUCUCCUUUAAUAAUCUUUCAUGCAUCGGUGAGAACUCUAUGGUUGACUUCAAUUCAAGCGCCCUGAAUCAAGGGGCGAAUUCAAAGCGCUUCGUGAUGAUACCCGGCCUUGAGCCACAGCCAUCUGCUAUCAAUGGCUUGCCUCACUCACCACGGAUCACGGCUCGUGCUGGAGCAGAUUGCUCGGAAGAACAUCUUGAGAAGAGGCAAGAUGGCCAGUCAGCCGGUACAACGACUUCUAACGGCAUUGUGUUCGCGCAGAGCUCUCCUACUAUUGGCGCAAUAGCUCCAACCACAGCUGUCGUUGCUGGUGUCUCGGCCAGUGCCAGCGUUAGUGAAACGAGCACUCCUAUCGCUUCAGCAACCGUGUCGUCAUCACAAAGCAAUUCCACGCCCACGACUGAGGCCCAGUCUCCUUCAACUGUGACCGACAAAGAAGUGGAGUUUGCCAAGCUUGUGGUCCUUUACGUCUUACAGGAAUCACGAGCUGUAAGCGUCGCAGUGAAUGCACAGCAGCGGAUGGAGUCAUACUUUUCUGCGCAAACAUCGGACAACGCCACGUCUUCAGUGGUAGAUGUUGGCUUGGGCAACCUCGUGCUCACCGCCGAUUUUGACACGUUCAGCAUAACCAAGGCAGACGGGGAAGUGAUCGGCGGUGACGAAGGUUCCGGGUCAAGAUGA